CUGAAGUACUGAAACUGGACAUUUCGACCAAAAGAAUCCACACCGGUGGCCAUACAGACGCGCGCCAUCACCAUACAGACGCGAGUCAUCAUGGGAGAGACUUCGGAGAAAGUCCCAAUUGCAGAGGACUUUGAACAAUGCCUACCACCUGCAUACAGUACGUCGGCCACGAAGACCCCCGUUGCUGUUGGUCGUCUCUUGAGAUUUGGGGCUGCGGCUCUCAUUGCCGGGGCAGUGCUGAUGCUUUGCGGAUCCAUUGGAGCUUUCUACCUCUGGAAAGCCAGUGACAGAAAUGUGUACAAUGUACACUACAGUAUGAGCAUCAAUGGAAAGGUGGAGGAGGGUUCCAUGGAAAUCGAUUCCGAUAAUAAUCUGGAAAGGUUUCGAACUGGGAGUGGAAAUGACGAGGCGUUGGAGAUUCAUGACUUUCACAUUGGAAUUACAGGAAUCCGGUUCUCUGGAGGGGAGAAGUGUUAUAUUAAAUCGCAAAUCAAGGCCAAUCUUCCAGAGGUGGAGACGCUCAACAAGGAGUCAUUGAUGUUUGACCUGGAAGAUGAGAUCAUGCCAGUGAAGUUUGAUGAAGAGUCUCUGAUGUGGGUGGCUGCUGACCAGCCCCUGAAGGACAGCAGCUUCCUCAGCACCAAGAUCCUGGACCUUUGUGGAGACCUGCCCAUCUUCUGGCUCCACCCCACCUAUCCUAAAGAUGGAGUGAGGAGAAAGAGAGACACCCAGAGAGCCAAGCGUCAGUUUGACAUGGAGGAGUUUGAGGCAGCUGCUGAGGAGAGGAACACAGUGAGCCGUGCAGAGAAUAGCACCUCCAAGAGAGCCACAGAGGAGGAGGGCUCAGCAGCCACCGGCUCUGCCUACAACCCAGAAAACCCCUACCAUCGCAAUCAGGAGGGAGAGGAGGGCACCAUGACCUUUGACCCAAUGCUAGACCACCAGGGGAUCUGCUGCUCAGAGUGCCGACGCAGCUACACCCACUGUCAGAGGAUUUGCGAACCGCUGGGCGGCCACUGGCCUUGGCCCUACAACUACAGAGGCUGUCAGGUAGCUUGUCGAGUGAUUCUGCCUUGCCGCUGGUGGGUGGCCCGCAUAUUAGGUAUUGUGUAAGUAGGACACCCAUUUUCUCAAGCCAAAUAUACCAAUUAUACCAAAUACACCAAACGUCUGAAAGGUCAUGUUCUGUAAGCAAUAUUAUAAUUUCUAUGCAGAUAUUUAUUUUGUAACUUUUCAAUUUGGUUGUAAAUACCUGAUAGCAGCAGGCGAGCUAUGCUUGUUAGGAUGAAACAGGGACCUCAGCCGCAUGAUUUAGUCGGAAAAUGCCAGCUAAGACAAAUUUCCACCUGGACCCUCGUGGCAACAUUUAGCAUAUACAGCACGUACGCCUUCUCUGCAGGCAACACUUGAAAAAAACAAAAAGGCCAAAACAAAUGAAGCACAGCAGUAGCUUUUGAUUUAGGAAAUAAACAUACCUAGUUUCUGUCUUUUCUUUUCAACAUAUCUUUUCAGUAAACAUAUUAGCCUACCAAUGCUUUUUGCACUAUACUGUCUUUGAUGGAAUGUUUGGAAAUGUAUACAGUGAUCAUUAUAAAUGCUUAAUAAAGAUAAUGUACAGUU